AUGUAUCGCAUGCAAACCGAGAAGCGGACAUAUUUUCGUGCUCUCCUGGCAGACACGUUCGGACUGGUGAUUCGUCUAACGCAAUGGUGUUUCUCGGCUCCGUACCCGCUGCAUCCGUACCAAAGGAUCAAACAACACUCCCAACUGAAGCAAAUUCGGUUGUUGCGGCAGUGCACAUCGGUAGUGCUACUGAUCUUAGUUAUAGCCGCACCGAUCUGGCUGUACGUUCACUACGCGAAGCUAAUCUUUGGCUACAAAAUCCCUAUGUCCAUCAAGCUGAUGUACUACAUCCAAACGGUCCUGCAAACGUUUGGUAUCGGAUACGUUAUGUUGUUUUACAGUUUUAAAAACAACUUCCACCAUUUCUACUUCGGUCGGAUCGCAUACGUGCUGGAGCAGUUCGGUCACCGGAAUAUCGGUGAACAUUUGAACGUCGUCAGAACGAACAUCCGCCGGUUACUUGUGGGUGUUUUACUACAUACUGUGAUGAUUCUCAUAAUACUCGUCGUUCGCGAGCACUCGUGGGCCAUUCUACCGAGAGCCAUCAUCUUCAUGGCAGGACAGCUUAUGAGUACAAGUCUAACGCUGCUAUACGUGACCCUGUUCUAUACCAUCGCCGUGUUACUACGCCAGAUGAACGACACGCUGGAAGGUAUUCUGAAUGGUCCCGCAUUGGAUGAAACUUCGGCUGAAUCUUGUCGGUUUUUGAACAAACCGAUACGUAGCACUCGAGACGAUCAACGGAUGAUAGAGAAGAUUCGAUUGUUGCAGCUCAGACUUCUCGAGGUGGUGAUGCGUACGAAUGGAGACGCAUUUGGAAAGCUACUGAUCGCGAUCCUGCUGACCACGUUCAUCUAUCUGAACACCGAACUGUUGCAGCUCUACCAAGGCAUGAGGAUUGGUGCUUACUCUUUCCAAGCUAUCAGCACGAAAUUAUUCAAUGCUAUACUUAAAUUUGCCAUGCUGCUCCUGUACGCCUACCCAAAUCGAAUGAUUCAAGAGCAGAAUCUGCGAGCGUUGGAUGUGUUGCAUCAGCUGAGUAGGACAGGAAACGACGCUCGUUGCAAUGAAAUUAUCAACCGUUUCAUAACGCAAAAGAACUUCUUUCUCGCUAAAGGACAUGAAGCCUACGGCAUGAUCUCCGUUGAUAUGUCUCUGAUAUUACACAUUAUUGGCGGAUUGACCAGCAUCCUGGUGGUGUUGGUGCAAUUUUCUGAUGCGAAGCCCUCACGCACCUGA